AUGCGCCCGCACUUGGGGGAUGACUUCCCUCUGCUGGCCUCACCGGCGCCACAUGUGGGACAAGUCUCGCCUGUUCCACGAGCAUCGCCCAGCGACGAAGCCAACUCUGGCUGGAACCGCGCAUUGAGCUGGAAGCGGCUGCUUGUCAACAGCCCACCAGCAUGGGCGGCAUCUCCGGAGAAGUACCUAAUGGGUUUAGGUCCAGGUGAGGGCCGGGGCGAGGGCUCCGAGGGCUGCGAGGGCUCCUGGCCCUCGUGGCGCUCAGCGCCGCCUUUCCCGGCACCGAGCCUCGGCCACCGGGCCUCUCUCAGCUCCUGCCCGUGUCCGGCGGGCCCGAAGCCACCUCGCUUGCCGCCGAACUUGCGGCAAGAAGGCGAAGGCUUCUCCCAAGACGAGGAAGACGAAAUCUCGAGAUUCUUGAGCCACGUUUCCAUCAGUCCGACAUCUUAUGCUGAAAACAUCGGCAAACUUGGGCAAGAGGUCUCAACUUGCCUCGCGCCCAAAACGCCUUCUCCCCGAAGGCGAGGAUUCCGCGAGGAUCAGGACGACACCCUCAGCACUGCCUGGACCCCCUUCUCUGCAUUGAACACCUCGGGUCAGGAUUCUGGAUUCGCAACAGAAGGGCCUUCCGGAGCAUUCUUGGAGGGACCUGGCUCGACGGGUUCGCAAAGGACGCAAAGACCGAGGGGAAGCGGCCAAGCAGCAGCGGAUGACCGCACACCGCUGCGGACAUCGUCGCCCACUGGCCCUUCUUCACCCGGCGUUGCUGCUGACCCUCAAACGAACCCGAGGAUCGAGUUGGGUGAAGCGCUGCCGGAUGGUCUUUGGACGCUGCUCCAGCUGAAAGGUUCUGUAGCACCGAAGGCGCUGCUGUUGGCCCUACCAUCUCUCCUCUUCACGAUCCUGCUGUACUUCGUGGACCGCGACAUUAGCCUGGAGAAGAUCAGCAUCGGCGAUGUCACCGUGUGGUCAGGCUUGACUGUGACGCUCAGUAUUCUGAUCGGCUUUCGAACUCAACAGGCCCUCGACCGAUUUUGGGAAGGCACAAGUCUGCUUCACCAGAUGCGAGGCGAGUAUUUUGACUCUGUCAGUUGCUUAGUUUCCUUCUCGCAGUCGGCGCUCGAAGCGAAACCUGCCGAAGUGCUUCAAUUUCGUCAAACAUUGGUCCGGCUUGUCAGCCACAUGCACGAGUCUGCCUUGGAUGAGAUCGCUGGCUGCCGUGACCGAUUUGCUACCAUAGACAAGCGCUCGCUGGACGAUGAGACUCUGCGCUUUACGGCCACUUGCCAGGACAAAUAUGGAUGGAACCGAGUCCUGUCCCUGCAGCACAUGAUCCAGGUGCUGAUCACGCACCACAUUCACACGGGCGUGCUCAACAUACCGCCGCCAAUCCUGUCUCGCGUCUAUCAAACGCUCUCCAGAGGUCUUGUUAAUCUGUUGAAUGCCGUCAAGAUCAAGGACACCAGUUUCCCUUUUCCCUGGGCUCAGAUGAUCACUUGUCUCCUUGCAGUCCACACCGUGUACACGCCGUUUAUCAUUGUCUCCAUUACAACUUCGCUGUACUGGGCGUUGCCCGUGUCCUUCGUUCCCAUCUUCGGCAUGAUCGCGCUCAACCUGGUGGCAUCUGAGUUAGAGAUGCCCUUUGGCACAGAUGAAAACGAUUUGCCUUUGCACCACUUUCAGCGCGAGAUGAACCAGAGCCUGUUGCUGCUCCUGCAUGAGCGCUCUGAUCAUAUACCUUCGACUCGUGCCAAUGCCACGCACUGCAUCGACAAGCUCAUGAGGUGUGAACGUGGCGAGAAGGUGCGAAGCUUAUCGCGGUACCAAAGUCAGUCCUUGGAUGACCUCGAUGACAUCGAGGCGGAUGAGUUGAUUUCAAAAGAACCAAAGUGCGACGCCAAGCUGGAGAGCAAGGAGGAGAGCAAGGCUGUGGAUGUUGCAGUUCAAGGUCCCCGGAAUCAGAUGGACAUUGAAAACAAGCUAGACAAAGACAUGAUCGCCAUUUCCAAAAAUGCGAACGCCCUCGCGACUUUUGCAGAUGACCUGGCACCGGUACUGGUGGAGCAUGAAGAAGCGUUGUACAAACUCAUGGAUACUCUGCCCCAGCUAGAAGCUGUCUUCAAGGGUGUCCAAAUUCCUUUAAUGUCGAUUUAG